CUUAUUUACCAGCUUAACUUCAAUCUUCUUUGUCUGUAAUAACUAAACAGGGUGGCUGUUUUUGCUCUUAUGUAGUGAUCAUAUAGCGGCCUAGUUCCUCAAAAGCAGGAAAUGAAAGUACUGCAUGUUCAUGUUCGACUAAAUUUAGUUCUCUCUGGUGAUGGCGACUUGUUCUGGUAAAACAGUGAGACUUUGAUUGCGGCAACUGUUAGUUAAUAAGUAACUGUGAAGAGGUGCAACCUUCAGGAAACGUUUGUCCAGCUUUUGCUGUAUGACCCGAAACACAGAUCUCUAUGUUUGUUUAUUAAAUUAGUUGGACUGAACUCGUCUGAAGAUUUCCUUUUUUUGUUCGAAGCUGGAUUUUGCUGUUUUGACCAGGAAACAGUGUUGCUAUGGCUGACCAACAUUCUCAGCCAACUCCCGCUGUUCCGGCCUCUAAGCUUGACCAAGUGCAAGGUCAGGUAAAUGAGGUUAAAGUUAUUCUGACAGACAACAUCAACAAAGUGCUGGAGAGAGGCGACAGAUUAGAUGAUCUGAUUGGCAAGACGGAUGACCUGCAGGCGUCUGCCGACUCAUUCCAGAGAACAUCCACAAGGGUGGCCAGAAAAUACUGGUGGAAAAAUGUUAAAAUGAUGAUCCUAAUCGGUGUGAUUGUGCUGAUCAUCAUCAUCCUCAUCAUCCUUGCUGCCACAAAAGUUAUAUAAAUUCCACGUUUACCUACUCAAGGCUGAAAGCUACAAACAUGGCGCUUACCGGCAUUUGAAUUACUCUUGCAAGUGAUCACUUCAGCUUAAGCAAAGACAUGUAAAUUUAAAGGGCUAAUGAUUGUUGAUUAUGUUAUUUUGUGACAACAUAAUGUGAAAAAGAAAUUGAGAGCAGCAGAGAUUGAAGUGAUAUGAAGUUAGCUGAAAUACUUUAACACUCCAACAGUCUUACGUGUGUGACAUAAAACCACUCUAUUAAUGGAACAGAAAUUCAAAUGUGUUUAUUUUUAUUUGUCGCAUUUCUUCAUGUCCAAUACACUGUAUAUAUAUUGUAUGUUUAUGACUGUCAAACUCUGUAAUAACAUAUUUAAUAUAUGAUUGAUGAAUAUGAUAAAGAUAAUGAAUUGUAAUAACA